AUGGAUCCACAGGCCUUUAUUAGGUUGUCGAUAGGUUCUCUAGGUUUGAGAAAUAUUGGAAUUGAACUGAGCACUGGAAAAACCGAAAUUCAAAGACUCUCUUCAUCUUAUGUUUGUGAGAUACGGCUUCGGGGUUUUCCUGUUCAAACGUCACCAGUCCCCUUGAUAACCUCGGCCGAUGUUAUACAUACACAAAACGGCGCUUCAAGCUUUUACCUCGAGGAAUCUGAUUUAAAAGCAUUGUUAGCUCCUGGUUGUUUCUAUAACCCUCAUGCUUAUUUGGAGAUCAUCGUGUUUUCAGGGAAGAAGGGAUCGCAUUGUGGAGUUAGUGUCAAAAGACAGCAAAUUGGUGUUUUUAAGAUGCAGGUUGGCCCUGAAUGGUGUGAAGGAAAGUCUUUGAUUCUUUUUAACGGAUGGAUUGGUAUAGGCAAAAACAAACAGGAAAAUGGAAAACCGGGUGCAGAAUUACAUUUGAAAGUUAAACUAGAUCCUGACCCUAGAUAUGUAUUCCGGUUUGAAGAUAUAACAACAUCGAGUCCUCAGGUAGUUCUGCUGCAAGGAUCAAUCAAACAGCCAAUCUUCAGUUGCAAGUUUAGUAAAGACAGGGUUUCUCAGAUGGACUCAUUGAGCACUUACUGGUCAGGUUCAAACGACACGUCUGACUUAGACGCGGAGAGGCGAGAGAGAAAAGGGUGGAAGGUGAAGAUACAUGAUCUAUCUGGCUCAGCUGUAGCUGCAGCCUUCAUAACAACUCCCUUUGUUCCGUCUUCAGGUUGUGAUUGGGUUGCCAGAUCCAACCCUGGAGCUUGGUUGAUUGUUCGCCCCGAUGUUGGUAGAUCCGAGAGUUGGCAGCCGUGGGGAAAACUCGAAGCAUGGCGCGAGCGAGGUAUUAAAGACACUAUAUGCUGCAAAUUCCAUCUUCUAUCUGAACCACAAGACGGAGGCAAUUUUCUCAUGUCAGAAAUGCAUAUAAAUGCCGAAAAGGGUGGCGAGUUUUUCAUAGAUACCGAAAAACACAUGAGAACUGUGACUUCUGCGACAACUCCAAUACCUAGUCCACAAAGUAGCGGAGACUUUGGUGCACUUAGUCCAGUUGUUGGAGGUUUUGUCAUGAGCUGUAGAGUUCAAGGUGAAGGAAAGCGUAGCAAACCGUUAGUACAGCUGGCACUGCGACACGUGACAUGCGUGGAGGAUGCUGCAAUCUUCAUGGCACUUGCAGCAGCCGUCGACCUCAGUAUCGAGGCAUGUAAACCUUUCCGAAGGAAGAUCAGAAGAGCGUUUCGAAACUCUAUGUGA